AUGUGUUUCUGCAGGAGGAGGAGGGCAGAGUGGAGGUGGGCAGCAGACCGUGCUGCCAUCGUCAGCCGCUGGAACUGGCUCCAAGCUCACGUCUCAGACCUGGAAUACCGAAUCCGGCAACAAACGGACAUUUACAAACAGAUCAGAGCCAACAAGGGGCUGAUAGUUCUUGGUGAAGCAUCACCCCCUGAUCCUGCAGUAGAAGAUUCAUCCCGUCCUGUUAGAGCUGAAGUGAAGCUGGAACCUGGGGCUGACCGGCUGAGUGUGUCUGGAUCCCAGCCACUAGAAAACUUGGGUGUUUCUGCUGCAAAUACUCCUGAAUCCCAUCCCAAGCCCUGCGGAGCACCAAGACCUGUCAAUGGAGUUAUUAACACUCUUCAGCCUGGCCUGGCAGAACACGCUCAGGGAGAUGGUCAGGAAGCUGAGGAGCUGCUGCAGAAAAAGCAGCGCCUGUCGCUGGCCCCCUCGGACGGGACGUGUGUGGCCGCUCGCACCCGCCCCGUCCUGAGCUGCAAGAAGCGGCGCCUCGUUCGACCCAGCACCAUCAUGCCCCUCUCCAAAAAGGCCCACCGGAGCAGCCUGGCACGCUGCAGCUGCGACGUGAACCCCUCGUGUGCCCUGUGUGGCACCCGCAGCCCCAGCAGCCUGGAGAUCCAGUACGAUGCCCCUUUGCUGGAGCGCCUGGCGCAGCUGGAUUCCUGCAUCCAUCCUGUCCUGUCAUUCCCAGAUGAUGUGCCGACGAGCCUGCACUUCCAGAGCAUGCUGAAAUCCCAGUGGCAGAACAAACCCUACGAGAAAACUAAACCUCCCAAAAAGCUGUCGCUGAAGCACAGAGCCCCCGUGCCCCCCAGCCUGGCUGACCCCGCGCGCAAGGACCGCCACAAGCUGGUCAACUCCUUCUUCACUGCAGCCAAGCGCUCACAUCAAAAAGCCCAAGCAGACAAGGCACACAGGCCGCCUUUAGACGAUUUUUCGGCCGUGUCCAAGGCCGAGAGAGCGCCAGAGCGCUCUGCCCAGCCUCCUGCCUUUGACAAAAAGCGAUUGCGAGACUGCUCAUCUGAGAGGAGUGAAGUGUUGAAGCAUCACACGGAYGUCGGUGGCCCGAGCUACCUGUCAGCAGCUGUGACCCCCACCCCUCACAGCCCCAUAGCUCGGCAGCUCUCCACCUCCUCCGAGGGCUCCACUCCCACCAGCUCCGCGUCCCAGGGCACCUCUGGCAGUGCUGUGAGUAUCCGUGACCUUCUGGAGGGGUUCUGGGCUCAGCUCCAUCAUGGGGGAUCAGMUUUUGGGCAGGUUUUGGGCUGGGGGAAUGCUCAGUGGUUCUCUUGCCACGCUGGACCCAUCUGGGGUUGCUGG